CAACAUGGCGGCUGGCGGGAAUGUUGAAGUUGUUUGGAAAACUCUAAUGAACUACUUGAUUCCCGAGUCUACUCAAGCACCAGAUUCUUUGGAGCAGUUUACUCAAAACCCUGACGUGUUUGUUCGAAUGCGAGACUGGUUUUUGGAAAAGUUCAAGAAAGAUUUGAAAGAUAAAUUUCGACCACAAUUUUGGUCCUAUGUCCAAGAAGACAAAGAGGUUGAAGCAAAAGGAUUUAACACCCUUCUAUGUGCAGUGGGAGAUCUCUAUAGAGGGUUAUCAGCAUACAGGCCAUUUGUAGAUCUUCUUCAAUCUUUGACAGGAUCACUCCCAUUAGGUGAUCUUAAUCUGCAGUUUGAAAGACUUGUGAGGGCUGUUAUCUUUUGUGAUAUACCUGAGCAUUUCAGAGGUAUCGUACAUGCAUCCUACACUCAAGCAUUUCAAGCAUACCAAAUCAAAAGCAGAAAGGAAAACAAAAUGGACACAUCAGGUGCUUCAUCACCAGGUGCUUCAUCACCAGGUGCUGAAGGUGAUGAUGAAGAUGAUGAUGUGGAAUCACUGACUUGCUCUGGUUGUUUUGAAGAGAAGGACUGUUGUCAUUGUGAAGACAUAAUUGAAGGAUUUUCACAGCUUAACAGCCAGUUCAGUUCACUUGGACUAAUAAAUAAAGUUGCUGAACCAGCUUUCCUGUCAGUCAUUCAUAAGGAGAUUCAAAGAAAAAUUGAUGAAAAGUGUAAAGGCGAAUUUGAGACAUCCUUUUUGUCUUCCUUGUUAAACUGGGUUGAUACUGAACUGUGUGGCUGGCUCUUGAUAAUUUUUCAAUCUCAAGCAAAUGCUGACCCUAAGAAAAAUACUGAAGAGUUGUACAACGAUGUAAUAAAAGGUGUGGACACAUCACUGGAUGCAUGGAAACCCAAACUGAAGUACUUCAUGUACAAGUCAUUUGCUGACCUCAGAAUCAGUGAAUUGUUCACCAUAAUAGUGGAAUAUCCAGACUCUCUCCCUGCAAUUAAAGACCUUAAGUCAUGUUUAGAAGUUACUGACCAAAGAAAAGAGCUCAUAUCAUCUCUGAGAUCUGCGUUUGAGAGACGUUUGCUUCAUCCUGGUGCCAACACAUCAGACAUUCUAACUCAGUGUGUGUCAGCCAUCAGAGCUCUCCAUGUGCUUGAUCCAUCUGGAGUGAUUCUAGAACAUGUCUGUUUACCUGUCAGGCAAUAUCUCAGAACUCGUGAGGAUACUGUACGCUGUAUUGUGACAAGUUUGACAGACGACAGUAGCACAGAACUUGCAGAGGAAUUAAUGCGAGGAGAUCCACGCACCAUUGAUGAUUUAGGUGCUUCUGAUAGUGAGGAUGAUGAUGACAAGUGGAUGCCAGCUCCAAGUGAUGCUGAUCCAGAUAAAAUAUUAAGUAGCAGAAAAGCACCAGACAUCAUCAGCAUGCUUGUCAACAUUUAUGGAAGUAAAGACCUGUUUGUGUCUGAGUAUCGCACACUCUUGGCUGAUCGCAUUCUAUCAACCUUUAACUAUGAUACUGAAAAAGAGCUUCGUUAUCUGGAGCUAUUGAAGCUCCGCUUCGGUGAAUCACACUUACACUUCUGUGAGAUUAUGUUGAAAGAUGUGGCAGACUCAAGAAGAAUUAAUUCUCAUAUUCAGGCAUCAGCCAAAAAUGCUGAUAAUAAAAAGGCAAAUGCUAUUCCCUUAACAUCCAUGGUUUUAUCUGCGGUAUUUUGGCCUGCAUUUCGGGAAGAGAAACUCAAAGUUCCUGAGGAAGUGCAAAGGGCCAUGGAUGAGUAUACUCAUGGAUUUGAGGCCCUUAAAGGCAUGCGAACAUUAAGGUGGAAACCUCAUUUGGGUCUGGUUGAGGUUGAAGUUGAACUGGCUGAUCGCACUCUGUCUUUAUCUGUCACACCAACUCAGGCCACUGCCAUUAUGCAUUUUCAAGAGAAAGAACGCUGGACUGUGGAAGAGCUUAGUGGCGUAAUGCAUGUUCCUCCUGGUCUCCUGAGGAGGCGUUUAGGAUUCUGGGUCAGUCAGGGUGUUCUCAAAGAGGAGUCUACAGACACGUUUAUUGUUAUGGAAAAACAAAAAGGACAACAACGAGCUACAGAAGUUGUCAUGGAUGCAGAGAUAGAAUCUGUUAUGGCUUCUUCACAUGAUCAAAGGGAGGAGGAAUUACAGGUAUUUUGGUCUUACAUUGUUGGUAUGCUGACCAAUCUGGAAAGUCUGCCAUUGGACAGAAUACAUUCCAUGUUGCGGAUGUUUGCUAUGCAAGGACCCUCAUCAAGCCAGUGCAGUGUGGAUGACCUGAGGAGGUUCCUAGAUCGCAAAGUUAAAGACCAAGAGUUGCAGUUUGUGAAUGGAUUUUACAGGUUACCCAAGUCAGGCAGAUAACAGCAAAAGUCAUCACAAACUAGCCAUAUGGGAAUUUCUAACCUUUGUUGUUCCAGUAAUCACAAUAUAUGAAGCUGGGGCAAAUAAAUGGAAGCACAGAUCAGAUACUGUUACGUAUCUUUCCACUGAAGUACUAAGGUUCCAAUAUUUACCUGGAAAAGCCUCUGCACAUUUCCCACUCUUUGGCUCAGGUUUAAAAAAUGUAUUGCUGCUGAUGAUAACUUCUUAACUAAAAGUUAAGAAUUGUGAAAGGGCAAUCAAAAACAAGAAGUAAACAGAGACCUGAAAAAUUUUUGAAAUAUCAUCAUCAACAAAAAAAAAAAAAUACUAUUUCAAGUUAAAACAGUUAACCGUUAUUUUAUUAGCCAUUGUAUAGUUCUUUACAUCACUCAAAAAUUACAUUUAAUAGAAAUUAAAAGGAUUGAACUCAUGUGGCAACAGUUCCAGGAGUGAAAUAUUCAUCCCAUUCUAUUUACACCACUCUUCUAUUGCACAAUACUUACAUUUACUUUGUACAUCACACACAUUAUUCCAAAAAAUUGUUUAAAACUUACCAUUAACAAUCUCUCUACUUCAUUUCUUUACAUUCUGCAACCCUUAAAAUUCUAAUUAAAGAAAGGUACCCUUUGCCUUUAUUUCAAACAUCUGUCAAUAAAAUAUACACUCUGAGAAACACAGUAAGGUCUGUUAGGCAUCACUGUAAUUGUGUUCCUCUUGGAUCAUGAAGCUCAACCUGGUAUCAAGAAACAUUUGGCAGGCUGUAUUUUUCAAAAGCCAAGCAACUUCAUGCUAAAAAAACUGAUAUCAAGGAAAGUGAUAAAAAUGACUCAUUUCAGUCUUAUACUUGAAGAGAACCUUACUCAAGUUGAGCAUUUACCAA